UUCUACCCCAAUCCUCCCGCCGCGGCGACGCCUUGUCUCCCCCCUUCCUCCGUCCCAUGCUCCGCCGCUGACACGUUGCCCCAUCUCAACCUUCCAAUGGCAGCCGCCUCCGCCUCCGCCACCGCCGCCGUCUCCGGCGUCGUGCUUCCCCACGCCUUCCUCUCCCACCGCUCGCCGCCGCCGCAGGUCGUCGCCGUGGCCUCCUCGUUCCGCCGGCUCUCCCUGUGCGCCUCCCCUCGCCGGGCCGCCCACCUAGUCGCCCGCGCCGACGCCAGCGCCGAAGCCGGGGAACCGGAGCCUGAGGCUGAGGCCGAGCCUGUCACUGCCUCAGCUGACGCCGAGGAGGGGGAGGCCGAGGGGGCUGUCGCAGUGGCGGAGGCCGAGGAACCGCCGCCGCCGCCGAGCAAGCCGAAGGUUAAGUUCGGCGAAAUCAUCGGGAUUCUGAACAAGCAGUUCAUUGAGGAGGCUGAGAAGGUGAAGACUGUACCGGAUCUGAGGCCUGGCGACAUCAUUGAGCUUAGAAUGCAACGGCCCAACAAGAGGAGAUUAUCACUCUUUAAGGGCAUAAUCAUCGCAAAGCACAAAGCUGGUGUUCACACCACAAUCCGUGUCAGGAGGAUCAUUGCUGGUGUAGGAGUUGAGAUUACCUUCCCAGUGUAUUCACCCAGGAUUAAGGAGAUCACAGUAAUCAGGCACAAGAAAGUGAGGCGAGCAAAGUUGUACUACCUGAAACACAAGCUUCCCCGCUUUUCAACUUUCAAGUAAAAUCAGAUAUGAUGACAGAACAGCCUCUCCCUCCAUUUUGAUUUCUCUUAGCAAACAUUUUUUCGCUUCACUGCCCAAUCAGUGCAUUUCACUGUAAUCCACUGGAUAUCAAAUGUGUAAUAUAUACAGCUUUAUAGUGUAUUUUGGCUUGCAGUGCAAUGAUUCUUUUGUUCUGGGUA